CUUUUGCUCAGACGUUUUGUGGGACAGGACUGAAGGCUUCACGUCUAGAAAUUGCAGACCAUCGAUUACCCAGGGGCACGAAUGAGCCAUAGCCAGCCACUGGAGUCAUAUUGGAUCGGCAUCAGGCGAUGGUCUAGAGGAGUCAGCAUGAAUGAUGAGAAUCGGAUGGACUGAAGAGGAAAUUGUACACGCGGUUGAGUGAACUGUUAUUAAACAUGGAGCCCCCAUUGACCAGUAAAAUACUCCGAGCUCCGAAUCUCAAACGGGGCCAGGAAAAUAUCAAGAUACAAGAUCGGAUCAAAUUAGAACGGGUGCUGGGCGUGACUGUAUCGAGUAAUGCAGCUCUCGAUUGCGACACAACAAGUGACCUAGUCGCCUAUCCUGCGGGAUGCACUGUAGUUUUGUUCAACCCUCGGAAGAAUACGCAGACCCAUGUUCUGAAUGGCUCACGAAAAACAGUGACAUCUCUGGCAUUAUCUGGUGAUGGUCGACUCCUGGUGACAGGCGAAUGUGGCCACACACCAAAUGUCCGUGUAUGGGACAUUUCAGAUCCUCGGAAUGCCAUUCAAAUAGCCGAGUUUCCCAGUCACAAAUAUGGAAUAAAUUGUGUCGCAUUUUCACCAAGCAACAAAUACGUCGUAUCCGUGGGCUCUCAGCACGACAUGAUAGUUAAUGUCUGGGACUGGCGAAAUAACGUCAAGGUCGCAUCGAACAAAGUGUCGAGUAAGGUGAAGGCUGUGUCAUUUGCGGAAAAUGGCAAUUAUUUCGUGACAGUUGGUAACAGACACGUAAAAUUUUGGUACCUAGAGUACUGUCGCAAUGCAAAAUACCAAGAGCCGGUGCCCCUCAUGGGUAGAUCAGCAAUUCUCGGGGAACAACGCAACAAUGAUUUUGUGGAUGUUGCAUGUGGUUGUGGUGAAAUGGCGGAUUCAACGUACGCAAUAACAAAAACAGGCCUUCUUUGUGAAUUCAAUAAUCGUAGAUUAUUAGACAAGUGGGUAGAAUUAAGAACAACAAGUGCCAAUUGCAUAGCUGUGGGUGAGAAAUAUAUAUUUAUUGGAUGCGCCGAGGGAAUAAUCAGAUGUUUUUCACCAACAACACUGCAAUUUAUAACAACAUUACCGAGAACUCAUUACCUCGGUGUAGACGUUGCUCAGGGUCUGUCGAUAGACCACAUGUCACAACAUCCGUCAAACGCGCGUUAUCCCGAUGCAAUAGCCCUAGCUUACGACGAGCAGAACAAUAAAUUAACGUGUGUCUACAAUGAUCACAGUAUUUAUGUCUGGGAUAUUCGUGAUAUUCGGAGAGUUGGAAAGUCCCACUCAUUUCUCUACCACUCGGCCUGCAUUUGGGGAGUGGAGAUGUACCCCAGUGGCAACGAGUCCGCCAAUUCAAUGCCACCUGGCUCAUUUAUCACGUGCUCGAGUGACGAUACAAUAAGAAUUUGGAAUCUCCAGAAAGAUCUGCCACCCGAUGAGACUAUGUACAAUCGUAAUAUAUACAGCAAUGAGUUGCUCAAAGUUCUCUACGUCGAUCAAGAAUUGACGUACCUCAAGGAUUUGGAUUUAGCAGCCGCCGGAACAGCUGACAAGAGUGACAGCUCGUACGACUCUCGAAAUGGUGUGAGAUCCAUCAGAAUCAGUCCAGACGGCGGACAAUUGGCAUCUGGGGAUCGAUCUGGAAAUAUAAGAAUUCACGAUGUAUCAACACUCGACGAGAUCUGCGUAAUUGAGGCACACGAUGCUGAAGUUCUGUGUCUGGAGUACUCCAAGUACACGAAAUUCUCCACAAAUGUCCCACGACUUCUUGCCAGUGCCUCGAGGGAUCGAUUGAUCCACGUUUUCAACGUCGACGAGGGCUACGACUUCCUCCAGACACUUGACGAUCACAGCUCCUCAAUCACCGCUGUCAGGUUCUUCAAUCAAACAAAUCAGAGUGAUAAAUUACAAAUGGUCUCGUGCGGGGCUGACAAAAGUAUUAUUUUUCGCCAACUACAGGGUACACCUGGGGGCUCACCCCAGUUCUCCAGAGGCCACAAUGUCGCGGGUAAAACCACUCUCUACGAUAUGGAAGUGGAUUCUGGACAGAAGCACGUAUUGACCGCCUGUCAAGAUAGAAAUAUCAGGGUGUACAGCGCAGCAACUGGCAAACACAAUAAAACAUUCAAAGGCUCAGUCGGAGAAGAUGGGUCUCUGAUUAAAGUGGUCUUGGAUGCCUCGGGAAUAUACGUCGCGACUUCCUGCACAGACAAAACUCUCUGCGUUUAUGAUUAUUACAGUGGCGAGUGCAUGGCGACGAUGUUGGGACACUCCGAGCUUGUGACUGGCCUCAGAUUUAGCCCUGACUGUCGGCAUUUAAUUUCAGCCAGUGGUGAUGGCUGUAUAUUUGUCUGGAAAGUACCCCACGAUAUGGUUGUGACGAUGCAAGCAAGAUUAGCUCAGCAGGCUAUCAGAGCUGGUAAAAAAACACCUCUACCCAAUGACAGCGAUCAGCUUGACAACGAGACAUUUGGUCCACCACCUCCUGAAUUCUUAGAUCCAAAUGCCAAUUCUACGAUGCAGUCACUUAUUGAUUAUCGAUUCAGUGUUGGACAGUUGCCCCAGUGGGCGAAGAAACAAAUUAAUACAAGUGUCAGUGCACAUGAAGAGACUGUUGUGUCGUCUGGGGUGAGAUCUCUAGGAGUGGAUAUGCCAAAGGGAAGAUGGGCCCAGAGAGUUCAGCAGGCUGAUGGAAUAACUGUUAAAUCAGUUUAUGACAGCGAUGAAAUUAUACCUUUUCCACCUCCCCGUAGUGCCAUAGAUUCGGAUGGUGGAGGUGGAGGGAUGGGAGGAGGCUCGAAAGAUAGUUCAAUUGAUAGUGGAACUGAGACAAAAUGCAGCAGCGAUUAUCGGAGGGAGACAGUGAUGAUCAAAAGGGUUGAUGACGAUCUCAAUAUUUUCCGUCCCUGUCCUGAUAGUUACACAGAGUUGGUGGAUUACUCUAAGCAGAUGACGGGUGGCAACGUAACAGUAACUAGAGGUAACAAUGUCACGGAGUUGAUCGUACGUCAAUCGAGAACACGACACCACACUGAUGAUAGCAGUCUUGGAAGUUUGAAGUUUGAGGAUCAUGAGAGUACAGAGCAUGAUGGCGACGUAGAGGAUUACUCCGAGGGUGAGAAUGGAACGACAAGUUCGGAAAAAUCUCAUCAUCAUCUCAUGUACUAUCCACCCACAGAAGAUAUUGUAUCGAAUCAGUUCAAAGUGAAUGCCAUGGAUGUAGAGGAGCUCAGACGAUCUCAGAGGCGGAACAAGAAGGUACGUGGGAUAGAGUCAGGACGUAGUGAAUUGGCAUCGGGAAGCCAAGAGGAUUCAGACUCUGAAGGAGGUGCUUCGACUCCCAGUGCGGAACGCAAUCCACUCUCAAUCCUGUCAGAGACCAGUUCAGAGGGUUUCGACCAACUCGCCAAUCAGAGUCAUCGUGAAAAGUAUUUGAAAAAUGCUUUCGAGUCGCUUAGUGGAGCUGACGAGCCAACGAAUCGAAAAAAUACGAGUAUUAGCUCACAAUUUCAUGGAAGAAAUAGUGGCGGGGAGAUCGGCAAGAGCCGCGUCCCACAGAAAAUAAAUGCACCGAGCAAUCCAAAGAAGGACACGAAUGUAUCGAAAAACCGAGAGGAACUCAAAAGACGCAUCGAAGAAACUCGAAAGAAACUCCAAAGUGUCGGCUACAAGUCAUCAUUAAAAUCAAGUCAAAGUAUUUCAGACCUGAGCAGUCACAUACCGAAUCGUCAUCAUCGUCAGAACCGGAUCGGAACAGUUACGGGAGCAAGAUGCGAUAAUUCAACGAGUAUCAACAACGAGGACGACGAAGGGAGCGGUGGUAUGAGACGUGCCUGUUCCUUGAGUGAUUUGUCUGUCAACCCAUCCAACAGGUUACUGCAUGGUCCGAUACGAGUUUCAGGUAAAACGUCUAACAAAAGUUCAAGUCAGUCGAAAAAUUCGGCUGGAGGUGCCUCUGGAUCAAUGUCCUCCAGAUAUGGAUCAAGCAAAGUGCAUUCGAAUCAUAUGACGCGGAGUAGCAGCGUUGGGGUUUUGAAUCAACAGAGUGACUCGGAAUCUGACGCUGGCAUUACGUCGGGUGCUAGACAUUGGGGGAAUCCCGCGCAGAACAGUCGAAUGAGUGGUUUGAUGAGACCCACCAUAAGCUCUCAAAAUAAAAUCAAUCACCAGACGAAACAGAGCUCGAGCUCGAGCAAUAAUCUGCCCAUGGUAUUAAGAAGACGAGGCAUGCAGAGCUCUUACUCCAGUGUAAAUCUAAGUCAAGUUGGUAAUCAGGAGGAUUCGAGUUCAGAGGACACAUCGUCUAAUGGAAAUAGUGUGAAACCCAUGCUACCUCCGAGACCGAAGAGUAUCAACAUAGAACCUUCUAGUUUAAAUCUUGUACCGACGAUUAGGCGAUCUGGCUCAAACACAGCAUUAGCUAAUGGCAGAUCGGUGAGUUCAAUCGCUCAAGGUGGCCCAAGGCUCUCGAAUCGAAAGCAACUGGACCCCAGUCCACAAGAACUUCCUGUCAAAGAUACAGAUCAAACGAUCGAUGUUGUUAGCGCCGAAUUGUCACCGCAGCUGUGCAACACGAUCGCAGACGAAUUAACUCGCACUGCUGACAAUGUUGUCCAACUUUAUAAAAGAUUGACACUGGAUCACGGUGGAAAUUCUUCUGGAGAGACAAUCGACAGAGAUACGAUGUUACGUGGUCUAGAGUCAUCAGUAAAUGAGGCAAUGAGAACACUGCGGCUAGUUGCAGCUGGAGGGAGCAAUAAAGAGAACGAUGUAGAGGGGCAAUUGCCGGCGAACGAAGCGACCGAAACAUUUCAAGAGUUGUUGGCCGGUCAAGAUCAAGGUAGAGUCGUUAAUAUGAUGCAACAAUAUUCAGAUAUGCUGUUGAGUAUGAUGCAGCAGAGAAUGGGAGGUGCACAGUCCAAUCAUGUGUGAAUAUUCAUUCCCUUCGAUACAAAAAGCCUUUAAAAAAUUAUGAUGCCAAGGAUUGAAUUGAAUAUUUUUAUUAACCAGUUUCUCCAACCAUGGGAUUAAUUUUUUUUUUUUGCGCCCUAAUAAGGGAAAUGCAACAGAUGGUCGUGUAGAGAGAAAUUAGGAUGCCAAGGAUUGAAUUGAAUAUUUUUAUUGAACUGUUUUUUCGAGCCUUGGAAUUAGUCUUGCGUUGAUGAGGGGAAGGCACUUCUUAAAUAUUCAGACUUAUUGAGGUAUUUAAUGUUGGGAGCAGUCAGGAUUUUUCAGUCUCUUUGAUCCACUGCUACUUUCAUCACAGUAAUUAUCUUGUGAAAAGUGAGUGGAGCUGAUUAUUCAUAAUUCAUGUAUUCGAAAAUCUCUCGAUUUAUUAAUGAUGGAGGCCAUGGAUUCGUGCGUUUCUCCUGCAACUGGAAUUUGAGAAAUGUAAUGCCGUCGGGCGAUAAGCCAAGAAAAUGCCAAUUACUAAAGACUCAUGCUAGAUUUAUAUAGAACGUGGUAAGUGUGCAUCAAUUACGAUGUUAGUGUUUCAUUUAUCGUUUAUGUAACCAAAGGCUGUUUGUAAUUACAAUGUGUUAGUCAGAUAUAAAAUUCGCUGGAAAUAUGAAUGAUGGAAUAACAUUUCAAGUAUUUCAGGAAGAGAUUAAGUGAAUGCACUCGAAUCAUCCUAGGAACCUAGUAAAAUCAUUAAAAUGCUUCAAUUACCUUUGGGAGUUAUAUUCGAUGUCAAACGCUCGUCGGUUUUUCUUUCUACAUUUUCCUGGGUUAGAAUGAGUGAGUGUUAAAAAAAACACUGAUUUUCGCCCCAUACUGAAGAAAGACCUUUUCUUUUUCUUAAAUACUCUCAUUUAUCGCCGGCGGAAAAAAUUAUAGCACUAUGAAUUUUUCACUUCCCCAGUUCUAUUGUAUAGUUCACCUGUUUUAAUGUGCCAUUUAUUGUGACGAACAGCUUCUAUUUGUAUGUUAAGCAUUUAAUUUCAGAGGUCGACGUUUAAAGUUGAUUUUGUUCGUAAUUUAUUUUCGACUUUCGUUGUGUAACAAAGACAAUUAAUUGAGAUAAUUAUUAAUUAUUAGAAAUAGAUUAUUUAUCGCAGUGUUUAUCGAUAUUUGUGUUAUGAAUCGAGAAAGAAAUAUUCUUUUAAAUUCUAGGAAAUGUUCAGUAAGAUGAUGAGAGUGCUUUUGUCUAUUUGUUAUUUCCAUCGUAAUACACGUCUAAUGGGGUAUGACUCAAACUAGAAUUAUACAUGAGAAUUCGAAAUUUACAUUGGCUUAUGCAUUUUGUAAUUCGUAUUUUAUAUCAGUAACGGAGCAAUACCAUAAUGUAGAAUUAAAACGAAAAACUUAUUUACGAGAUAACAAAUUAUUCGAAUCUCCGAAAUGUUGGUCAAUCGUCUUAUGAAUGGAGAUGAUGAGUGCUCCAUAUUCAUUGUAAUAAUUGCCAAAAAAAGAAUAUAUUUUUAAUCAUAAGCAGAAACAUAAUGUUUGAUGAAGUUCUUUUAAUAAAAUAUGCAACAACA